AUGAAUCUGACCCUGUCCACUAAAUUGAAUUGGGAGCUAUGCCUGGAAGACAUUGCUCGGCAGAAAAUCCCCUCUCUGCAUUGGGCCGUUCGGCAUACAGCGCUCGACCUCUUUGAGAAGCUGCUCAGCUCCGGGACCGAUGUGAACACAGUGCACCGGCGAAGUACCCCGCUAAUUGAAGCAGCCACCCUGGGCUCUUCCGACAUCCUCAUGAGGCUUCUAUCGCAUCCACAAGUUGAUAUAAAACAACACGAACAGGGUAGGAAGGCGUUGUGGAUGGGGGUAAAGAACAAUUACCCUUCAGUUGUGCAAGGCCUGCUCUGUAGCAACAGUGUUGAUGCCAAUUUCUUUUGUUUCCACAGAGGGAAAUUCACGGCACCGCUCACCUACGCGGUUACCUACCAUGGUUGUGAGAUCGUGGAGACCCUUCUUGCCGACCGUCGAACCGACCCCAACAUUCGGCGCAAAGAUACGCCAGCACCAUUUUUUUACGCCAUGGUAAACAGGAGCUUGUGUCUCGUCCAUCGCCUGAUUUCUGAUGAAAGGUUCGAUGUGACGGUCUGCUGUUCUUGUGGCGGCAACCCACUCCAUCAUGCUGCCGAGACAGGGUGUCUCCAAAUUCUGCAGACCCUCCUGUCGGACUUCGAAACCGACAUAAAUGCACGGGAUUUAAAUGGAUCGACGGCUCUUAUCUAUGCAGCCGCAGAAGGACAUGAAUCUCUUGUCCAGGAGCUUCUUUCACAUGACCUCGACAUCAAUCAUCGCGAUCAUGGAGGUCGCACCGCCUUGUGGUGGGCAACGCAUAACGGGCACGAAUGGGCGGCCCGAUGUCUGUUGGCACGGAGUGGCAUCCAGGUUAAUGCGAUUGGAGAGGAUGGGUCCACCUCUCUUCACCAUGCUGUUGAUUGGGGAUCGGCCACGCUGAUCAACCUCCUGCUGGCACACCGAGACAUCAAUGUAAACGUGUCAGAUGAUCAUGGACGCACGCCUCUCUGGUGGGCUGCCUACCACGGUAACGGAAGGGCUGUGGGAUAUCUACUUCAAGACAGUGGGGCAAAGGUCGACAUCCGAGAUCGUUGGCAGCAGGGACCACUUGAGGUCGCUAGAGAACAUGGGCAAUAUUACGUCUGGCUUCUGCUUCGAGUCUCAUUGAUAGACGUGAGGCUCCUCUGUGUUCUCUACAUCAUUGUCGCUUUUUUCUUUCUCUUCAUCUAA